GAGCGUUGAUCGGGUCACAUACAUGACGUUCAUAAAUAGCCGAAGUGACGACUGGACAGGCAGACAUUUUCAGGUGCAAGGAUACCAGACCACUCUGCCAUCCACAGUACCAGCAGUACCCGCAGUACCAGCAGUACCAGCAGUACCAGCAGUACCCGCAGUACCAGCAGUACCAGCAGUACCAGCAGUACCAGCAGUAGUAGUAGUAGUAGUAUUCGGACCAACACUUUGCAUUUCUUCAGAAAGACUCAGAAGACAUCGUUUGAGGAACAAUGAAGUUCACCACGAUCUUGCUGGGUGUGCUGCUGUCAUGUCUAGUCGUUCUGUGUAGAAAUGCUCAAUCCCACUGCUGUCCUGCCAGUGAAAGGUGCACAAUUGUGACUCACCAACACAGACAGACGCAGCCAAAGGUUCCCUACCAUGCUGCAAAGAUUGAGGAAACCUCUUUGGCCCCCUGGAAUUACACAUAUGACAAGAACGACAGCAGGGUCCCACAAACCAUCAGGAAUGCCACCUGCUCAGAUUGUAUGGUCAAAGGACUGAAGGCAGUGCCGAUUCAAUACGAGAUGAAUGUUUUUCACAGAAAAAAAUGUGGAAGUACAUUUGUUACAUGUAUGUGUCCUUGCACGGUUAAUGUAGGCUGCACCUGUGUGAAAGAGAAUAAGUGUCACAGCAUUUCUGCUAGAUGUCUUCCUAAGCAGAGGAGUGGAUAG